AUGAGAACGGGGUGCGUGGAGUGCAAAAGGAGGAGAAUUAAGUGUGACGAGGGCAAGCCCACUUGCAUUAGGUGUAAACACCGACCGGAAAAGUGCAAAUAUGAGUUCAAGCUCUCGUGGACGGGCGGGAGACCGUUCAAAAACCGUCGACAGAGUGAAUCUCAGAGCGAUUCUCAAAGUCCGCCCGAUGCACAGAACGCCUCUUCUGGCGUUUCCUCCUCUUCGCAGGAAUCGCCGCCCGAUCGGAGACCCUCGACACUGUCCAACUCGAGCGCAAGCUCCGGCGAAUGGGCAUAUGACAGACAAAUGCCCAUGGGCGCCAGUGUCCUGGACCUAGGCACUAAUUAUUCAAUAGAAUUGGCCAGCAGGGCAAAUUCCCGAUUUAUUCCUAGCGAGAUUAAUUCCGCUGGAGAUGUCAUCUAUAUUGCAGAGGAAAAUGAAGGAGAGGACAAGAUUGACCCAAACCAAGUCACCACACUUUCGCAAUCGCUGGCUCGACGAUAUCCUUUCAACAAGCGCGCGCAAUCAAACACAGACCCAUACGGACUACCCGAUUACCAAGAUAUCUCUCCUUUCCAGCAGCGAAUCCAUUAUGCCCUCUCCAGCAACCCUGCACAGCUCAGCGCUUCACCCGAAAGCCGCUUUUUUCUCCACCACUAUAUCAAUACCACGGCCGAUGUGAUCUUCCCCCUUUCAUUAACAGGGAAUCCUCUUCGAGAAGAUCUUCUCCAAUCUGCCAUGUCAAAUCCACAUCUUCUAAACGCCUUCCUCGCCUGUGCUUGUUCUCACUAUGCCCGUCGACACGAGGAUAUGCCAAUCCAAAUGGAAAGCAGCAUCGCAAAGUUCACCAAUGCUGCACUUAACGGCUUAAGACGGGCAAUGCUCGAUCCCACACAAGCCGGCAAACUGGAAACCAUCAGCACCGCGCUCGCUCUAUGCACAUCAGACGUAAUAUCCGGCGAUCUAAGCACAUGGCGAAUACAUCUCACGGGCGCAAACAAGUUAAUUCUUUCCGCCUUCCAAUCCACCACUGACGAGGAGACCAAAACACCCAUGGAAACUUUCGUGAUAAAGUGGUACGCGCUACUAGACAUUUUUGCGGGUGUCUCCGGUCUCCGGGAGAGCUCCAAUACCGGCGACCGAUACUGGUCUUCCAAUGACGACGACACCUACAUCGACGAAUGGACAGGCUACUCACUAGAUCUGAUACCGAUCAUUUCGAAAAUUGGACGGAUGGCGCGAAUCCAUGACAAGAAGACACGCGUUACGGUUGUGAAUGACGAUUCCGAAGACGAGGAGGUCGACACGCAGCUGGGCGAAGAGAGUAUGGAUGAGAUUCGCGAUAUGGAGAAUUUGAUCUAUUCGCUAUAUAACCGGACGGCGCAUCCCGCUUUGGUCAACCACGAGAAUCCGGCCACACGGAAACGAGCGGCCGAGAUGCAGUGUAUCCACCGAGCGUUCCUGUAUACGGCCCUGCUUCAUUUGUAUCGCCGGGUUCAGGAUCUGCCCAAACACCACACCAAGGCUGUUUAUGCGGUUCAUAUGAUUAUUGAGACGAUUCAGAUGAUUCCGCGGGAAUCAUCGUCCAACAUCUUGACCUUGUGGCCGGUUUUCACGGUCGGAUGCGAGACUGAUGAUCCCGUUCAGAGAAAUAUUAUCGAGCAGAGGAUAGCGAAGAUGGAAUCUUUUGGAAUGGGGAACGUAGAGACCGCCCGCCAGGCCAUGCACGCAUAUUGGGAGUCUGGUGCAACGGAAAGAUGGGAUAUAUUCCUGGAGAAUUAUCCUCAAGACAUUGUUCUCUUUUGA